AUGGCACUUUAUCGAACGGUUGGUAGGCAUUCUUUCGGUUACACAUUCUCAACUCUAAAGUUCAAGUUUUCCACAAAAAAUUUCACCACAAAAACCAUCCCGGUCCUUUGGGACUACAGAAAUUCCGAAUGCAGUAUCAGAGAAGGAGCCGAAUCAGUGACAGUCCAACUGCUUUCCUGGGGACGUGGCGCUUCAGGCCAGCUCGGAGGCGGCAUCGAAGAAAUCCGAAUGUAUCCAGCUGCCGUGGCGUCCCUUUCUCUGCCUUCUUCAUUUGGUCUCUCUUCUCCCAUUCCUGGUCGUUUGCCAGUAUCAAAAGGAUCAGCAAUCAAUGGUAUGGAGAAAGAGGAUGAAAAUGAGGUGAAAAUUGGGAUUUCUUGUGGGCUUUUUCAUUCGGCGUUGUUGGUUAAUGGACAAGUUUGGAUUUGGGGAAAAGGUGAUGGCGGCCGCCUUGGACUUGGCCAUGAGAAUCCCGUUUUUGUGCCUACUUUGAAUGCUAAUCUGGGUCCGAAUCCGAUUAAAAGCAUUGCCCUUGGUGGGCUUCAUUCUGUUGCAUUGAAUUCUCUUGGACAGAUCUUUACGUGGGGCUACGGUGGUUUUGGGGCUCUUGGACAUUCUGUUUAUCACAGAGAGCUAAGUCCUAGGUUGGUUGAAGGUCCUUGGGGCCAAGAAAUAUGUAGCAUUGCAACUAGUGGGGCACAUACAGCGGCAAUUACCAAUUCAGGUGAACUGUAUACCUGGGGCAGAGAUGAAGGGGAUGGUCGACUGGGUCUUGGACCUGGUCGUGGCCCCAAUGAGACAGGUGGCCUUAGUGUACCCACCAAAGUAAAAGCAUUACCCGUGGCUGUAGCUGCGGUCUCAUGUGGUGGUUUCUGCACAAUGGCAUUGACAGAGCAGGGACAACUCUGGAACUGGGGAGCUAAUUCUAACUACGAACUUGGAAGAGGUGAUAAGCUUGGUGGUUGGAAACCUCAACCAAUUCCCAGUCUCUUAGAUAUUUGUAUUGUUCAAAUAGCUAGUGGUGGAUAUCAUUCCCUUGCUUUGACCGAUAAGGGAGAAGUCCUUUCAUGGGGUCAUGGUGGGCAUGGCCAGCUGGGUCAUUCUUCUAUAGCAAACCACAAAAUUCCUACACGCAUUGAGGCACUUGCUAAUGAGAGGGUCAUACAUAUUGCUUGUGGAGGCUCAUCAUCAGCUGCUAUAACUGAUGAAGGUAAGCUUUACACAUGGGGAAAUGCCAAGGAUUGUCAACUAGGUAUAUCUGGUCUGCCAGAGGUGCAAUCUUCUCCUGUCGAAGUUAAAUUUCUAAUGGAAGAUGGCUCAAUAGUUAAGGAAGUGCUCUUUGUGGCCAUGGGUGCUUCUCAUGGCCUGUGCCUUGUUACGACAUCCAGUUGCUGA